UAAUGGGCAUGUCUUUGGUUACUGUUCGCCUAUGUAUCUUUAAAUACAGGAAACCCUGAAUACGCUGCAGUUAGAAACAAGAUUUUUUGACCAUGAAUACAUUACUUUGGAUAUUAUUAUCGCAUUGUUUCAUACUUAUUAAUGCAGAUUGCAACAAUCAUUUCAUAGGUGCUGGUGAAGCAAGUAAGAAUGCUGUUGUUGGAGAGACUGUGAUACUGCCGUGCACUAAUGUGAUCAAACAAACAAACUGCACAUACACUGAAUGGCUAUCUGUAGAAAAUGGAGUUACUGUUCAGCUGGUCACCUAUGGCAAGAUAAAACAGAACUCAGAAAGGGGAAAGCGAGUGAGUUUGACAUCUAACUGCUCUCUACGCAUCAGUAAUGUCAGAGCUGAGGACUGUGAAUGCUACAUCUGUCAACAGUGGAAUAAGAAUAUAAGCUUAGCAAAGGAUGCCAGAUUGUGCUUGUCUGUUACUAAAGAAACAACAACCACAGCGAAAAAAGAAAAAACAACCACAGUGAAAAAAGAAACAACAACCACAGAGAAAAAAGAUUUAAUGAUAGUGAUCCGAUUAGGGCUGAUGAUUGUUGCAUUAUCAGUAACCACUCUCACUGUUUGGCUUAUAUAUCGAAGAAGAGCACAUAAGAAAGCAUCACUUGAAAACCAAAACAACAUUUCAACAGAAUACACAAUGGUGUAAAAGUUCUGACAUACACGUACACUGUAGUGGAGUAUUUAAUGCAGUAAAUCUAAACAAAGUGGAAGCAGAAGAUCAAGAAACUGUAUAUUCUGCUGUAAAAUGUCAAGGUCUAAACAACUAGUCAAUAAAAACUCAGACAAAGGUAAAAAGCAGUAACUUCAUUUUUAGUCAAAAAGGAGUUAUUCAUAUUUUGGGACAUUCAAGACCUCCUAUAUCAUUUGGAUAAGUAUUGUGAGUCAAUUUUGUUGUUUUGACGAGAAAAUAUCUAUCAAGAAGAAAAUAUCUGACA